AUGGCGUCCUUCAGCUAUUCUCCACCUUCAUCUUCUUCUGUACCAACAGGAGGACGGACACAUGAUAUUUUUCUUAGUUUCAGAGGCGAAGACACUCGAUACAAUUUUGUAGAUCAUCUCUAUGCGGCUUUGGUUCAGAGCGGAAUACGUGUGUUCAAAGAUGACGAGAUGCUGCAUAGAGGGAAAUUGAUCACUCCAGAACUUACAAAAGCCAUCGAAGAGUCAAGGUGUGUGGUGGUGGUAUUCUCUAAAAACUAUGUAGACUCUUCAUGGUGUUUGGUUGAGCUUGCUAAAAUCAUGGAAUGUCAUAAUCGGAUGGGAAGGUUGGUGUUACCGGUGUUCUAUCAUGUUGAUCCAUCCGAUUUGCGAGGUCAGAGAAAAAACUUCCAGACUGCCUUUCGACGGCACGAGCAUAAGUUUAGGGAGGAGAUGGAUAAAGUGAAUGAGUGGAGGGGGCUUUAA